AUGGAGAACAAAACAGAAGAUCUCUUGCUGGAGACCCUAGACAAUCUGGAGGAGCAUGAAUUCAAAAGAUUCAAGUUCAAACUGGGCAAGACUAACCUGAAGGAAGGGGUUCAAGCCAUCCCCUGCGGAAGGCUGGAGAAGGCGGAUGCCUUGGAUGUCACCAAGCUGCUGAUACAUUACUACGGGGAGCAAGGUGCGGUGGAAGUGACUGUGAAGGUUCUGGGACACAUCAACCAGCGAGACCUGGCAGAAAGACUCAGACACAGUUCAUUAAUCCAGGAGCCGAAAUCAGAAACUCAGCAAGUUCCCGAAGCAGCAGACCCAGAACUUUUCCAAGAGCGAAGAAAAGCCACACAGCGAGUCAUAUAUAAGCUAAACUUGGUGCAGCACAGAAGCAAGAAGCUCAGGCUGACAGAUAUCCACAAGAUCAGCUCAGAGAGACUAGAGAACCAAACUCCUCAGAUGUUAGAAGAUUUACUUGGGCAGUUCAUGAAAAAGGUCAUGUCUUUGAAUGUGGGGGCCAGAAAUACAAGUCUUGUACAUGGGGCAUACGGUAGUCAAGGAAUCGGGGGGGAUGAGGAGGGAGCAAAGGAAAAAGAGGGAGAUAUUGAUUGCAAUAGCAUUUGUGUGACUAAGGCAAAAACUAGUGAGUCUCUGCACCCCCUCGAUGUUCUCUGUGCAGUUCUGCUUUGCUCAGACAGUUUCCUACAGCAGGAGAUCCUGUUCAGAAUGUCCAUGUGCCAGUUUGCCCUCCCUCUGCUGCUACCUGCCCUCGACACCCCCAAGGGCACCCUAAUGCUGUGGGCCAUGAGGGACAUUGUGAGGAAGUGGAGGCCACACUCCCUGGCAGAGAGCAGAGGGUUCAGAGAGGAGAGCCUGGUGCUCACAUCACUGCCAACCAUUUCCUUUGUGCGGAUGGGGAGCUGCAGCUUCUCCAAAUCCAAACUCCUCAAUGAUGUUCUCAGCCCCUCCCAGCAGCACCACAAUUUCUUUAUCCACCGGGACAUGGAGUCUGGGAAUGUCCCUCGGGAAAUCGCAGAUGGGCUAGUCGAGAUUUCCUGGUAUUUCCCUGGAGGGAGCAAGAAUUCAGAUCUUUUUGCAGAGCCCGUUGCGGUUACAAACCUGCGUGGAGACAUUGAGUCCCACUGGUCACAGUUCAGCUUUUUAACAGAGAUCUCCUCAGCAGUGUUCAUAGUCACUGAGAGCAUCAGUGAGAGAGAAUACAAACUAUUGUCAUCUCUGAAGGGAUCAGACACGAAAUACUACUUCAUCUUCAAUGCCCAGACUGAGAAACACAGUGAAGUCCUUGAACAACUUGAAAGGUUAGCACCUGUGCUGAAAUUGAGCAAACCCCAUCUGCUGGUUAAAUCCACCAUCUUGAAUAAGAUAGAAUUUGUGGAAAAGGUACAGACUACCAUAGGAACAAUAAUGGAUUCUACUACCAAGAUGAAGAAUAUGGAAAGCAUUGCUGUUCAUGCACAUAAACUAGGAAUCCAAGUAGAUGAGGACUGUGAAGAAUGUCAGGGGGCAAAGAAACGUGCUAAAAUUAUCAUGGCAGAAAUAAAAGAUGCGGAAAAGAACAAGGAGGAAAAUAUAAGACCCCAGCGACAUCCAAGGAAGAGGCCAAGAGUAGAACAGUGCAGAAUAGGACAGCAAGGAGAUAUCCCCGCUGGGAGAGAGAAUAGGUUGAAAUUAUAUACACAGCACAAUCAAUAUGAUCUUGCUCAUAGUACAGAAAAAUUUAUCCAAGGAAUAGAAAAAUUACCACGACAGGAAACUGUUUACUUCUUAAAGUGGAUGACAUUUCAUCUGGAUCAGGCUGCAAGGAGGAAUAAGAUUUGUCAAAUGAAGGCCAACUCCUUAGAGGUGGAGCAUUUCAUGCAUAUAAUCGGGCACUAUUAUGAGGCAGAAAGCAUACAGGUGAAAGAAGGCAAAAUGCUAAAAACCCAAAGGAAAUACAGCCAUCUCCCAGAAAUAAUAGCUGACCUGAUGCUGGAAGGGUUUCCCAUGGAGCUGAUCAAUGGAGAUGCCUCCAACAUCCCACUGCAGUGGGUGACAGAUGUUCUGACCCAGCUCCAUGCCAAGCUGGGGGGAAGGUCCAGAAUGCUGGUUCUAACGGUGCUGGGAGGGCAGAGCACUGGGAAAUCCACCCUCCUCAACACCAUGUUCGGCCUGCGGUUUGCAGUGAGCAGUGGCCGAUGUACGCGAGGAGCCUUCAUGUCACUCAUUAAAGUGGCAGAGAACUUUCAGCAGGAACUGGGCUAUGAUUUCAUCCUGGUAAUAGACGCAGAAGGCCUGAAAGCCCCUGAACUGGCCAGACAGGAGGAUUGUCAUGUUAAAAACUAUCAGCUGGCCACAAUUGUGACUGGACUGAGUGACAUAAUGGUCAUUAACUUGGAGAAUGCCACUGAAAUGAAGGAGCAGCUGUGUGAAAUGACCAAAGCUUCAGUAGAAAAACAAAGUAGGGAAGUGGCACUUUCUGACAUUAUGGAGUAUGAACCGGAGAAACACAAUUGGUACAUCCCUGACCUGUGGCAUGGAGUCCCUCCCAUGGCUCCAGUGAACACUGGAUACAGUGAGAGUGUGUGUGAGCUAAAAAAAAACCUGUUUGAAUUCAUAAAGAGCUAUUCAUCUCACAGAAGCAUCAAGGACAUUCCCCAGUUUACUGAGGGGCUGAGGAGCCUGUGUAAUGCUGUAAAACAUGAACAUUUAGACAAGUAUUCAGGGUCGGCGUGUAAUUUCAAUGAGGAAAUGGACCCCUCAGUAUCUGAAAAAGUAACUUGCAUCCAGAGUCAGCCACCCAAUCUCUUACUCUGUGAGAUUCAGGACAAACGGAUUUGUGGGGAACUAAAGAUAUUGGAUAAUUCAUACAAAUACUUUGAAAACAGAGCAAAAAAUCUUCAUCUGAUAGAAAAACAGAGAGACGAGUUUAUCAGGACACUAGCUAGUCUGAAAUGUGAACCUGAACAUUAUUCAAUCAGCCAGUGCAAGGAAGUACCUCAGAGGCAAAGAACAGAUUUUAUCGAGCCCAUAUUUUUGAAAGUAUUUAAAGAGAAGGUUCACUGGUUCUUCACAAGCCACAGGGGGGAAAAAAGUAAAUUAAACAAGAGAGAAUCUGAGGAAAAAAGGCAAAAAGCAUCAAAGUUAUUGCUUAUUCGUUUUGCUGAGAAAAUGAUGAUCCAUCUGAGAAAGGAUCUGGAAAAUCGAUUGAGUACCACCAGUAUCAAGAUACCAAAAUUGAAAAUUUUGUUGAGUUAUAAAAUAAAGCCUUUCAGGAUUAAAGAUAAGUAUUUUGAAUUAAGAUGUUUUAAACAUGUAAAAGAAUUUGAUACCAAACGGCAUCAACAUAAAGCACAGGAACUAGUUAAUUUCUUAAUGUAUAAUUACAAGAAAUACACCGCAGAAACGGUCAAAUCCAGAGCAGACUAUGAUGAAACCUACUGCAGGGAAUUGUUGCUUAUGAUCAAUAAGUGGCUACAACAGGAUGAUGUUCAGGAACUUCACACCAACACUUACUUUGAAAUUGACUUGAAGAUACACAUAUUGCGGGAAACUCUUUAUGAAUUCCAGAAGAUGUAUUAAGAUUUUAUCCAAGAAAAUGACCCUUAGCAGCCUCUGGAGAAGCUGAGACCUCAGCAUUUCUCCCUGCUCAGAAACCUAUAUCAACAAGAGAUGUGGGGGGGAAAAAGCGAGCAUCUUUCUUAGGUAGGCACAAUCCACUGAAUAUGGUAACUGGAGCUUUUUCCUGUUCCUUAUGCAGAAGAAGCUGUUGGCGGAGAAGAAUGCUCAGAACUAUAUGAAAUAUAUUAAUGAUUAUGAAGGGUUUGUCAAAACCUGUAUAUGGACAUGACUGAUAGAUGACUAUAGACAGACUAGGGGCUUGACAGUUUAGAGAAAUAAAUUCUCUCCACAAUUCUCCAGAAAAUCCAAGAUGCUCUGAGACCCUCCAGAGAUGAAAAAGUGAACACAAUCUUUCUAUUUUUAGUCAAAUUUUGUAAAAAGCUGACACUAUACUUAGUCAUCCCUAAAGGCAGUUUAGCUCAAAUACAUUCUAGAAUCACAGCAUAUAUUUACACAUUUUCUUUGUUUAUUAAAUAUUUUCUUUCUUAUCUGCAAGAACAAAUGCUAGCUGAACUUGAAAGUUUAGAAAUUGAAACUAAACGUUCCAAGCUGAAACUGAAGCCUCAGGAUGAAAUCUUGAAGCAAAUAUUUGGCUGGGGGAAGCAGUGUCCACUACAAAAGCCCCCUUUGAAGCGGGAGGUACUAAUCAUAAGGAGCGUUUUGCAUCAACACAUUGGCCACAAGGGCUCAGGGGUGGAGGAGACAGGAUAUCACCACUAACAAGCUCUUAUUCUUUAUGUUCCAAUUAUAUGGUUUCCAAUGGCACGUUCCAGACUUCCACUCCAGGAUGGAAACCUCCUCUCUAUAAAAAUGACUAUUUCCCCAAUCUCCCAGAGCCCUGCGGGGAAAUAACCAUAGAGCAAGCACUGGAAAGCAUAGAAGUAUAUAAUGGAUUUCAGUGUUCCCAUUCUGCUGGGAAAGACUCUACUGAAACCAAUUACAGUGGAACCCUGUUUGUCCAAUCUAAUUGGGAUAGGGCCAGAUCAGAUAAUCAAAAAUUCAGAUGAUCAGGAGAAUGGAUAAAAAGCUUUCUAUCCCUUAUUUUAAGAUGGGAGGGCUCAGGGCCUCGGGCUGUCAAUCCCCCGCAUGGAUGAGGUUUGGGCUGAUAGCCCGACCCCUGACAACCGAGACUGACAGCCUGAGUCACACCACUGUCAGCCUGAGGUGGCUGGUGGUUCGGUUAAUGCAGAGAGCUAAAUAAUGGAUGCUCGGAUAAAUGGGGUUCUACUGUACUUUGGUGGAGCUACAAAGAAAUUACAAAAUUAAACACCGUGAAUCACAAUAAUUUCCUUAUUAAUUUUCUGAAAAUUAAUACGGAAAAGACGUUUUAUACACUGCUUCCCUAAACAUUCACCACGAUGAUGCAACCCUCCAGGAAGUCCAGCAAAUAGAGGAAUACGAAUGUCUCCCCAUCCACCAGGACCUCAACAAUGUCCCUUACCACCACUUGAAAUCUUGCAAACCCUUUUAGACCUACACGCUUAACCUUAACUUCAACACUGAUGAAGCUUGGAAAGCUGAAUGGAGUUCACAAAAAGUCACAAACAAACACCUCAUGAAAGACCCGACACAGAAGAUCCCUGUCUUCAAUCUUCUGCAAAGUUCAUGGGCAACCCUAAACCACAUCCACGCAAACCAUGCCAGAUGCAGGUACUUGAUGAACAAAUGGAAAAUUAUAAACUCUCCAGUGUGUGACUGUGGUCAUCCAGAACAGACUCCAAUUCACAAAUAUGAAAGAGGCAUCACAGCAACACGCUCUGCUACUCCAGACGCAAUUAUCUGGCUUAACCAUCUAAAUGCAAGAUUACAGUUGUUGAUCUACAUCUGACAUAUGGAUGAAGAAGUUCUGUCAAAUUACAAUUUAUUCUCCAAAUAAAUGUAUUGAGAUAAUGAAGCCUGGUGUACGUGUGUUUUUCAAGAAUCACCACCUUGGGGUUAUCAUUAGACUUCUCCUAACAGUAUAUACAGACUCCAUCAGGUCCAAACGCCAAUGGUCAGGCAUACAUGAGCUUGGCCCAGUCUUCCCACUGCCUCCAUCGAUGUGCUAAGUGUCCUGAUGGAAACUGAACAGGGGCUGGUGUUGUCUCUGGGCUUUGCAUGAGGCAGAAGAAAAGAUAAGUCUCCUUGUGCCAUCCCUCCAUCCUGCCCCACCUCAAAUAGGGCCUUAGAUCAAAAACUCCUUGGGACAUGGACACUGCUUCUUAACCUGCUGCAAAGAUCUAGGCACCUAUGGUGCUAUGGAGCUGCAGUCAUGGCUCCUAAGUGUCAGGAACCAGGAUGUGGGCAAUCAUGCCUAGUGGUCAGAGCAUGAUUCAGGCACCAGGAAACAGAAUCAAGGAUCAAAACGUCAGUCAGAGGCCAGAUACCAAAACCAUGUAUCAGAGCUGGAAUCAUAGAGAGCCAAGCCAAGGGCUGAAGCCGGAGUCAGAGAACAAGGGCAGGGGCUAGGAACAGGGGAGGGCUCAAAAUAGGAACUAGGGAUGAGGCUGGGAGUCAAGUAGCAGACAGCAGGCUCUGUAGCAGCAGCAAGCCAGGAUCCACCUUGCUGCACAGACAACUUCUUGUGUCUCUUUCUGGCUUGAAUUGUGUACCUGGUCCAAUCAGGGGCUGGGGAACUCCUCCAGACAGGAGCCUGUGGUAGGUAUCUUUAGUGGAGCAUAAGACCUCCCAGUUCUCCGGUGCCUCAUAGAACUGUCAGGUGGUAUUGGGGAUGCAU